AUGCUGGGUUACGGCUUCAGCACCCUGGACCUGGAGAAGGGUCUUGAGAUAGCCUUGCAAUCUGGCUCACCGACCGCGAUUAUCCUCGAUUCUGGGUCGACUGAUUCGGGUCCUGCAAAGUUGGCCUUGGGGUCAAUGACUUGUCCACGAUCAUCCUACGAACGAGACUUGCGGCAGUUGAUUUGCGCCGUCAAGAAAUACCGCGUUCCGCUGCUCAUCAGCUCUGCUGGUGGAGAUGGAAGUGAUGCGCAUGUCAAGGAGUUUCUUGAUAUCAUCCGGGAGACUCUGGAGGCGCCCGAUCAAAGAUCUUUAAAAACACUCGCAGUCUACAGCGGAGCUCGGCAUGAACUGCUCCUCGAAAAGUUGGUAGCCGGAAAGAUCACUGGGUGCGGGACAUGUGUCCCCAAAUUAACCGAACAAGACAUCAUGCAGUCGCCCUGCAUUGUCGGACAGAUUGGGCCCGAGCCAUUCGUGCAAGCCAUGAACGCCCAUUCCGACUUCGACAUCCUCAUCGCAGGAAGAGCAUAUGACCCGAGCCCCUACGUCGCAUUCUGCGCCUUCAAUGCACUUCGCGAGUCAACCGGCGAUAUGUAUAGUCUGGAAUCAACAGUACUCGGUGGGUUUACCCAUAUGGGAAAGCUUAUGGAAUGCGGGGGAGCAUGCGCUACCCCCAAAAGUGCGAGCUCAAUGGCCACUGUGUAUUCUGAUGGGUCCUUUGACAUUCGACCGUUGGCCGCGGAAUCGCGAUGUACCCCGACCAGUGUGGCAGCGCAUGCUCUGUACGAGAAGUCUAGACCGGAUAUAUUGCAUGGGCCUGGGGGAUUUCUUGAUCUCAACACCGCCACGUACACAUCGCUCUCUGAUGGUAUCAGUGUGAGAACGUACGGCUCCGAAUUUGUCUCGUCCAAGAGCCAAGGGCUGCCCAUUACAAUCAAAUUCGAAGCGGCGAGGGUGAUCGGUUACCGGGGAAUUUUCAUGGGUUCUUUCUGUGACCCCAUUCUCAUCCGGCAGCUGCCAUCGCUACUUGACCGUGCAAAGGCCUAUGUUAAGCAGAAGCAUGCGCAUACUCGGGAAAAGUGGGAGGUUGACUUCCACGUGUAUGGUUUUGAUCUCGACAGGAACGAAAGGACCUCAACAGGAGAUGUGUUUAUUGUCGGAGAGGCACUUGCUGAGACCCAAGCUCUAGCAAAUAGCGUUACAUCAUCCGCCCGUAUCGCAUGUGUCCAUGCGCCAUACGAAGGACAGAAAGCAAACGGUGGAAAUUUUGGUAUGGGAAUAGGUGGGAAGUUGGAGGUCGAGAUGGGGGCAUGCGCCGAGUUCUCAAUAUAUCACUUGGCAGAGAUGGAGGAAGGGGAGGAAGAGGCGAUAGAGAUCAGUCAGGAUGCCACAGGCCGGCGAGACCAGGGAAAUGGGUCGAAGAGCCUCACACGAUGGGAAACACGUCUUUUAGGCAGUGGUCCCCGAAUUGAUCGUCAAAGAUUUCACGACUCAUCGACUCACGGAGGUUGUGGUGCGAACCAUACUAUAAAUCCUACUACUAUUUCUUCACAUCCCAAGCCACUCGGACAGAUAACAGGUACAUUUACUCUGGGAGAGAUCGCCAAGGUGAUUCGCUCCAAGAACGCGGGACCAUUCGAGAUUACUCUUGACGUUAUGUUCGACUGCGCAGUGGUUUAUCAGCAGGUUAAAGAGGCCGGGGUCCUCGCAACAGCGAAGAUUGCAGAGCUCUACGAUAUCUCUGUUGAUAGCAUUGUAUGGUGUGGAUUUUUUGAUCAAGCGCUUGCAUUCAAAGCGACCAUUCCCAGAUACAGGAACGGGAAGCCGAAUGCUUCAGGGGGAUUCAUGGAGAAUGAUGUCCAUGGGUCUCAGAACCAUCUGCCUUUGUUUAAUAUCACCAUUACACUACGCAAGCAAGUCUAA